ACGUUGUUACAUAAAUUCGAAGAGUGAAUGGGAAAAUUUUGAUCGUAUCGUGAUUCUAAGUCGUUUCGACGAUGCAAAUUUCUUCGAAUAUGAUUUUCACGAGCAUCGCGGCGCUCGUAGCUGUGUUUUUCGUUCGUUUCGCAUCAUCGGCAGUCGCAGCCCCAAACUAUAAAGUAGUGACAGACGAAGAUGCUGACCCUUAUAAAACAUUUCCAGACCCUGUAAUCGAUGCAAAAGAAACUAGUAUUAAAUAUUGGCGUGAAAAUGCUUACAAAACGUUGAAUGAAAAAGUGAAUAAAAAAAUAAACACCAACGUCGCCAAAAAUGUUAUUUUCUUUAUGGGCGACGGAAUGUCAAUACCGACCAUAACGGCCGCUAGAAUAUACCAAGGGCAGAAUAAUAAACAGCAUGGAGAAGAAAAUCAAUUAUUCUUUGAAACUUUUCCAUUUUCCGGCCUUUCAAAGACGUAUUGCGUCGACAAACAAGUGCCAGAUUCAGCCAGCACAGCCACAGCUUACUUACGAGGGGUGAAAAGCAACUAUUACACGAUCGGUGUGACAGCUAAAGUAAAACCUGCAGAUUGCGAGAGCGCUAAAUUACCGUCAAAUAGACCAUCUUCGAUAGUGAAAUGGGCUCAGGAUGCUGGAAAAGCAACAGGAAUCGUUACGAAUACUCGAAUUACCGACGCAUCUCCAGCCGGAGCUUAUGCUCAUGUACCAUUACGUGACAUGGAGGAUGACGCUGAUGUUGUCGAACUUGGACUUGAUCCGAAUUCUUGUAAUUUUGAUAUCGCCCAGCAGCUGAUUCAUGGUCCAGUUGGGCGUAAUAUUAAGGUCAUUAUGGGAGGAGGCAGAGAUAAAUUCUUACCGAAUGGAACAACCUCGCCAAAUGGAAGAGGUCAUCGAUUACAAGGAGACUUGAUCGAAGCAUGGAAACAAGACAAAAUUGCCAAAAAAGCAUCCCACGUUUACCUGACGAACGCUGACGAACUCGCUAAAUUAAAAGAAAACGUAACCGGAGCAGAUUAUAUUUUAGGUUUAUUCGCCCCUAGUCACCUCGCUUACAAUCUUCAGCGUCCAAAAGACCAACCAACGUUAUCAGAAAUGGUAGAAACUGCCAUAAAAUCGCUCAGCAAUGACAAAAAUGGCUUCUUUCUUUUCGUAGAAGGUGGCCUGAUUGACAAAGCUCAUCAUAAAGAUAUGGCUAGGAAAGCUCUCACCGAAACUACCGAAUUUGCCAAUGCCAUCGAAUUAGCCACCAAGUUGACCAGCGAAGAAGAUACGUUGAUUGUUGUCACAGCUGAUCACGCGCAUACGAUGAGUAUAAGCGGAUAUCCGGCCAGAGGUCAUGAUAUUUUAGGUAUUUAUGGAAAAAGUCAAAAUGGUAUGCCUUAUUCGACGCUGAGUUACGCCAAUGGUCUCGGAUAUAAAAAAGAGUACAAUUUGGAAAAAGAAGACAUGAAAAGCAUCGACUACAUGUACCCCGCACUCGUGCUAAAAGAAUGGGAAUCUCACGGAGGCGACGACGUAGCAGUUUUCGCUCGCGGUCCAUGGGCUCACAUCUUCAGUGGCACUUACGAACAAAGCUUUAUCCCAAUAGCCGAAGCUCACGCAGCUAAUAUACCAAUACCAGACGAGACAGCGAUCGUAGACCCACCUCAGCCACCUGCACCUCCUCAAGACCAAAUCACCCCAGCGGCGCCAGAUCAUCCUGCACCUAAACCAGAACAGCAUAAUUCUGCUCCUACAUUGUACGCCAUCAACACGUGGACCGUGUUGUUGUUAUCUACUCUAGUCAGCUUACCAUUUAUCAGUAGAUAUUCGCUGAGUAGUACUUAAAAAUUAAUCGAUCUUCAUUACAACUACGUAUGUAUUUACGUAAAUUUAGUGCCUAUUACUUCUUACCUACGUCUACGCAAAUCGUAAAAUUGUACAUUGGCGAAAUUCUUCUUCAUUAAAAUAAUGGUAUACGAGGUUGUAUAACAGUGUGCCUAAUGUAUUAUACAAUUGGUAAAUAAACAAUAAAACUGAUGGAGUGGUUGGUAGGUUUACUAGGUUUGCGCGAGAUUAUUACAACUAUCCGCUGCCUACAUACUUUUUUUAUUAUUUGUACAUGUUAAUUACCUUAUGUAUGUAUGAUUGUCGACGUGAUUAGAUUAAUUUAAUAAACUGAGAAAUUAUUCGACCGAGUAAUUUAACGAGUUUAAUUUAUUCGUCGCUCGUUUUUUAUAGUGUUUUAGUGUAAUGCAUGUACCUAUACAGUACGGUAAACGUGAGACAUCAUAGCGAAAAUUAUGUGCAUCAUUAUAACGAAUGACAGAAAAAAAAUAUGUUUGUGUUGUUA